GCAACUGCGGUCUACUCCGGGGCGCCCUAAUAAUUAAUGGGACUGUUGGCUAACUCGCCUCCCGUCAUCGACAAGAAAGAAAAGGGGGUAUUCAACCCGGCAGACCAUGACCUCGAGGAGCCCACCGCUGUGGACAAACAGGUUCGUCCUGCGUGUUUCCGUAGAGUCCUCGGCAUCGCCGCAGCAUCACUGCUCCUGCUCUCUGGUAUAUUCGCCAGUCAUCACUCGGUACUCCUGAACCGAGGUUGCAAAGGUGCUCACAAACACCCGCGAAGUGGUUACACUGCGCGUAUCGAAAGGACGUUCCUCUCCGUGCCGUCCACCGCAUCGGCCCUUAACUAUUCGCGUCACUAUGCUACUCACCCUCAUUUAGCUGGUUCAGUGGAAGAUUUCCAAGACGCGAAAGAUGUUUUGUCUUUCUUCCAGAGAGAGCUUGGUAUAUCGGCUCCUUCGACAGAGCCUAUAUUCGAUGCUGGAUCACCCAAAUCGCGACAGGCUACUCUCAGUACUACGUCAACGCUCGACCACCCCUCUGCCUGGAUGGAUGUAUAUUACCCCGUCUUGAACACCGGAAAUGCUGACGGCAUCUCUCUUGCUAUCCUUGACUCCGACAAUCAACCUAUAUGGACUGCUGACCUCCUUGAAGACGGCGACCCUGGAGAUGAGACUGCCGCGAAAUACAAGAAUGCCAUCCCUCCAUGGCACGGCUUGAGUGCAGCCGGUGAAGCCAUAGGCCAGCUCGUCUAUGCUAAUUAUGGAACGAGAGAUGAUUAUGAGAAGCUCGUCGAAGCUGGUGUAGAUCUUACUGGCAAGGUAAUCCUAGCCAGGUAUGGUGGCAACUUCCGCGGUCUCAAGAUCCAAGGAGCCGAACAGCACGGUGUCGCUGGAGUCAUUAUGUAUAGUGAUCCUCGUGACGAUGGUAGCGUGACCGUUGAGAACGGAUACUUGCCUUAUCCCAACGGCCCUGCACGCAAUCCUACAUCUAUCCAGCGUGGCUCGGUGACAUUCCUGUCCACUUAUCCUGGUGAUCCGACCACACCUGGAUUCCCUGCAUAUCCGAACGUCACACGUACCGACCCGUCUUGUCUGCCUUCUAUUCCCAGCAUUCCUCUCUCUUGGGCAAAUGCCAGGGUUUUAUUCGAACAGGAGCUUGGUGGGAUCGAGGAAGGCAGGAAGUUGAACGGGAGAGUAGGCGGCCAUCUCAUCAAGUUGACCAACGAUGUUGACAAUCAAGUGACUCCCAUUUGGAAUACCAUGGCAGCGAUUCCUGGUCGCAUCAAAGAUGAAGUAGUUAUCCUUGGUUGCCACAGAGAUGCUUGGGUUACGGGUGGUGCAGAUCCUAUUUCGGGUACAGUAUCUCUGCUGGAGGUUGUCCGCGGACUCGGUGCUUUGAUCCAACAAGGUUGGCAGCCUCUUCGUACCAUUUUGCUGGCUAGUUGGGAUGCAGAGGAGCACGGACUAGUGGGUAGCACUGAGUUUGGCGAGGACUUCGCUGAAUGGAUCCAAGCCCACGCUGUUUCAUACAUCAAUGUCGAUGUAUCUGUCUCUGGUUCCCGAUGGAAUGUUGCUGGCUCUCCCUCUCUUGCGCAUCUCAUCAAGAGAUCUGCGCAAGACGUGCCGCACCCUACCCAAGCUAACAAGACACUCUGGGAUGCACGAUACGACUCCGGACCGUACACUGGAGUACAAGACGCGGAGUUUGCAGAGAUGUGGACCCGAAAUAACAAAGUUUAUGAAAAUGUGGAUGACUCGACUGUCAGUGUGAGUCCUCUCGGGUCCGGGAGCGAUUAUACUGUCUUUCUCCAAAGACUCGGAAUAGCCAGCUCUGAUCAAGGUUUCGGUUACACACCCACAGACGCAGUUUACCACUACCACUCAAUUUAUGAUUCGCAGGCGUGGCAAGAGAGAUAUGGAGAUCCUGGUUUCCACCGCCAUGUCGCAGUCGCGAAGAAUUUGGGUUUGAUCAUGCUCCGUCUUGCGGACUCCGUCGUGUUGCCGUUGAAUACGACACAGUACGCCGUGGAACUCGAUUCCUACGUUGAUCUUGUGGAGGAAUCCGCUCCCAACAGAGACGUUCUCCCAAAACUCGAUAAGCUCCGUAAGGCAAUCUCGAAGUUACAAAAAUCGAGCCUUAAGCUCGAUAUGGAGAAAGCAGAGGCCGAGAAGGAGUUCCGCAGGGCGGUUCGAAGGAUCAUUCGCGGUCGCUGGGGUAGCCAUACUAUCAAGCGUAUCUGCAAUUGGAUCAAAUACCUAUUGGGAUAUUCCCUCAAGAACUCCUCAGAGGUUGGCCGCCAUGCCGAUAUGAAGCACGUAUGGGAUAUAGUGGGAAAUUUCGAGCAGCAAGGCGACGUCUGCCGACAGCGGCACAAGGGAUCUAUCUGCAACUUGAUCAAAGCCGUUGCUAAGGUUAGGAAGGUCAACCACAAAUUAAGAACGUUCGAGCAAGGAUUCCUUUCCGAAGGAGGGAUCAAAGACCGUGAAUGGUUCAAGCACCUUGGUGUUGCCCCGGGCAGGUACCUUGGAUAUGGUGCAACUACCCUCCCCGCAUUGUCCGAAGCGGUGGUUUAUGAUCGCAACGCGACACUGGCAGAGCACGAGGCUGCGCGGCUUACCAGGUUGAUCAAAGUGCUUGCUAAGCAGUUGAAUGUGUAGGGGUUUUCAGUUAGGUACAGAGGGAAGCUCACAGGGGGAGUUCUGCACAUAUGAUUAUUGUCAAUUCGGAUAUUCAUAAGGAAGCCUGUUUGCAAAUAUUCAAACUGAAAUGGGUG